AUGCUGGCCGACCACGGCAUCCUUUCAGCUGGUGGUGGUAAAACUCAGGGGCCUGCGACGGGCGCCAGCAGGGAGGCAAUGGCGGCGAUGGCGGCGGUCGGCUCGUCGGGCCCGCGGGCCUUUUCCCCGGCCUGGGGAUUCUCCACCUACCAGCCCUUCGAGCCCCGGGCCUGGGGCCUCAGCCCGAGCUGGCGGCUGACGCGCUUCUCCGGCACAAAGGGCUGAGGCUGCAAGGUCCCGCAGGGGGCGCUGCUCAAGCUCCUGGCGGGACUGAGGUGGCCCCCACCAGGCCGCGGCCCUGAGGAGGUGGCCCGGAGAGCGGGAGGCACAGCGUCCCCAGCCCUGGGCAUUGGGCUGGACUCCUGCGUCAUCCCCUUGAGGCACAGGGGCCUGUCCCUGGUGCAGACCACCGACUUCUUUUACCCCUUGGUGGAAGAUCCCUACAUGAUGGGGCGCAUAGCUUGUGCCAACGUGCUGAGUGACCUCUACGCCAUGGGCAUUACUGAAUGUGACAACAUGUUAAUGUUACUCAGCGUCAGCCAGAGCAUGAGUGAGGAGGAACGGGAGAAGAUAACGCCGCUCAUGAUCAAAGGCUUUCGGGAUGCUGCCGAGGAAGGAGGGACUGCAGUGACGGGUGGGCAGACGGUGGCCAACCCUUGGAUUAUCAUCGGUGGAGUUGCCACUGUGGUGUGUCAGCCACAUGAGUUCAUAAUGCCUGACAGUGCUGUUGUUGGGGACGUGCUCGUGUUAACCAAACCCUUAGGAACCCAGGUUGCUGUCAAUGCCCACCAAUGGCUGGAUAAUCCUGAAAGGUGGAGUAAGGUGAAGACGGUGGUCUCCAGACAAGAGGUAGAGCUGGCCUAUCAGGAAGCUAUGUUCAAUAUGGCUACUCUGAACAGAACUGCUGCUGGGUUAAUGCACUCAUUUAAUGCCCAUGCGGCCACAGAUAUCACAGGCUUUGGCAUUCUCGGACACUCUCAGAGCCUUGCGAAACAACAAAGAAAUGAAGUGUCCUUUGUCAUUCAUAAUCUGCCAAUCAUUGCCAAGAUGGCUGCCAUCAGCAAGGCCACGGGGCAGUUUGGGCUCCUUCAAGGAACCUCAGCUGAAACCUCUGGGGGAUUACUGAUUUGUCUGCCAAGAGAUCAGGCAGCUCACUUUUGUUCUGAAAUCAAAUCUUCCAAGUAUGGAGGGGGUCACCAAGCAUGGAUUGUUGGCAUUGUGGAAAAGGGAAACCGGACAGCCCGGAUCAUUGACAAGCCUCGAGUUAUUGAAGUCCUGCCUCGUGGGGCCACUGCUACCGUUUUUGCUCUUGACAAUUCUAGUGCCUCCUCGGAGCCACCUCAUGACAUGAAAUGGCAGAAGUUAUUUGGACCUUAG